AUGGUCAAGCUCCAAGCGGUAACAGUGCCGCAAAUCACCAACAGGAAGCGAAAACGAAAGACAGUCCCCAACCCGGAAGAGGAAGAUGCCAUUCCCGUCUCAACACCAGACGGGUCAAUCACAGACGCCACGACGACGACAGUCCCCACGAAACAGACCGGCGGCGGAGCCAAACCUCGAAGAACCAAGUCUGCCACGACGAAACCCUCUCUUAAACGCAAUGCCUCCUCCGCUGUAAUCGAGACCUCCAUCCCAUGGCCACCCGCCUUCACACAACUCUCGCAAACCCACAAAGCUCUUAACCUCGUCUACACAUUCUGCUGCACCCGCAAGCACUUCGCUACCACGCUUGAAAAUCUCCGCAGUACCGUCGAAGCGAACCUUAAACGAGAACUCACCACCGAGGACGUCGCCAAGGUGAAGUGCCUCGUACCGCACGCCAUCAACUUUCAGUAUGUCGACGAGACGCUUUUGCAGGUCGCAUUGAUGGGCGAGGAAGAUCUGAGACAAGGAAAAGAUGUGGCGAAGAUGUUUGCAGCGAAUCCGGCGGAAGAGAGGAAUGUAAGAGAAGGACUGGGCAAGGAGGAGCAUGUUGAAGUCCUGCUGUUUGAGUUUGUGGAUGGUGACUUGAAGAGAGGAGUGAUUGAUGCAAAGACGGGAGAGGUGGUCAAGCCGAAUAAGAGGAUACGGGAAGAGGAGUUGAAGAUGCCAGUUUUCAGCCAGAAGCAGAUGAUGAAGUUGAUUGAGAAGAGGAAUGUCAAGUUCACCUCUGCGAUCAAUGCGUGGUUGAAUGAGUGUGCGGAGAAAGGUGUGGACGCGGCGGAGAGGUUGGAGGAGGAGUCGAAGCAAUACAUACCCACGCCGAGCCUGAGUCGGAGAGGUUCUCCUGCGCCAGAACUGGUGAAGAGUGCUUUGCCGAAGUGCAUACCCGAAGAGAGGAAGAACAUUGCGGAUAUUAUUGAAGAACUGAAAGGGCUAGAGUGGUAUACGGGACAGAUUGUGCCCGAUGGACAUCGGGUCUUCGACCCACAAGAGCCGGUAUAUGGAGAACUGAACUUUCCACUCAGUCAAGACUUGGUCAAUGCAUUAUACAACACCCGUGGGAUCCAGUCCCUCUACAGCCAUCAAACCGAAGCUAUUAAUGCUCUUCACGAUGGGCAGAACGUAAUCAUCGCCACUUCGACCAGCUCGGGAAAGUCUCUGAUCUACCAAUUGCCGGUCCUGCAUGCUCUCGAAACCGAGCCGCAGACGAGAGCAAUGUACAUCUUCCCGACGAAAGCUUUGGCGCAAGAUCAGAAGAGAAGUCUCAAGUCCAUUCUCGGCUACCUUCCUGGCUUAGAAGACGUCCUCUGCGAGACGUUCGAUGGCGACACUCCCUUCACAGACCGGAACUAUAUCCGAGAUGAAGCUCGCAUCAUCUUCACCAAUCCGGAUAUGCUGCAUUUGACGAUCUUGCCGCAGGAGGAGAGCUGGCGGACUUUUCUCAAAAACCUCAGAUUCGUUGUCAUGGACGAAUUGCAUGUCUACAACGGUCUAUUUGGCGCACAUGUUGCUUUGAUCAUGCGGAGGCUGAGAAGGAUAUGCGCAGCGGUGGGAAACCGCAAAGUGCAGUUCGUGUCCUGCUCAGCGACAGUGGCAAAUCCUGAGGAACACAUGAGGACCAUCUUCGGGAUUGAGGAUGUCAAGCUGGUCGACUUUGAUGGCUCGCCGUGCGGUAGGAAGGAAUUUCUCUGCUGGAACACACCGUACAAAGACCCUGCUGAUCCCACCAGCGGACGAGGGGAUUCAUUCAUGGAGUCGGCAAGACUAUUCUGCCAGCUCAUCCUCCGUGGCGUCAGAGUCAUCACCUUCUGCAGGAUCAGACGGUACUGCGAGAUCCUCACCACAGCUAUCAAAGCCGAGCUUGCCUCCCUCGACCGGAGCGAAGUCAUGAACAGAGUCAUGGCCUACCGCGGUGGCUACACACCUCAGGAUCGUCGUCGUAUCGAGAAGGAAAUGUUCGAAGGGAAGCUUGUCGGAAUCAUCGGCACCAGUGCUCUCGAAUUGGGUGUCGACAUUGGCAGUCUCGACGCUGUCAUCUCCCAUGGCUUCCCCUACACAAUCGCCAAUCUCCGCCAACAAUCUGGUCGAGCAGGUCGUCGCAACAAAGACAGUCUCUCCAUCCUCCUCGGCGACUGCUUCCCAACAGAUCAAUACUUCAUGCAGAACCCGGAUGAAAUUUUCACCCGACCCAACUGUGAACUCCAAGUCGACCUCACCAACAUGCUCGUCCUGGAAGGCCACAUCCAAUGCGCGGCCCAUGAAAUGCCCAUCGAACCGGACAAUGAUACCGUCUACUUCACCAAACUCCUGACCGAGAUCUGCACCGACCGACUGCGCAAGGACAGCCUUGGCUUCUACCACACCGCCGACCGCUUCCUCCCACACCCCUCCCGCAGCGUCGCCAUCCGCGACACCGAAGACUCGCACUUCGCCAUCAUCGACAUCACUCACGGUGCCAACACCGUCCUCGAAGAACUCGAAGCCUCCCGCGCCUUCUUCACCAUCUACGAAGGCGGCAUCUUCCUCCACCAAGGACGAAAAUACCUCAUCAAAACCUUCGACCCAGACAAUCUCUACGCGCGCGUGGAACGAGUCAACGUCGACUGGAUCACCCAACAACGCGACUACACCGACAUCGACCCCAUCGAAAUCGAAGCCAUCCGCCGCCUCCCCCUCCCCUCCAAAUCCCGCGCCAACUUCGGCACCAUCAAAAUCCACCAAAACGUCUUCGGCUUCUUCAAACUCGACAAAAAGAACCGCAUCCUCGAUGCCGUGCAAGUCGACAACCCGCCCAUCAUCCUGCACUCCAAAGGUCUCUGGCUCGACGUGCCGAAACUCGCCAUCGAAAUCCUCCAAUCGAGGAGACUGAACCUCGCCGCAGCCAUCCACGCCGCUGAACACGCCAUCCUCUCCCUCAUGCCCAAUUUCGUCAUCUCCCUCCCCGGCGACGUCAAAACAGAAUGCAAAGUCGCCGUGAAAGAAUUCUCGAAAAAAGCCUCCUCCCGCAAACGCCCUGCUCGCUUGACCUUCUACGACUCCAAAGGCGGCGCUCACGGAUCCGGAAUCGCCGCCAAGGCAUUCGACUUCAUCUCUUUGCUGCUCACCCAAGCCGCCGAUCGGGUGGAAGCUUGUCACUGUACGGAUGGAUGUCUGGAGUGUUGCUGUAGUGAAGGGUGUAAAGAGGCGAAUGUCGUGAUGAGUAAGGCGGGGGCGGAGGUUGUGUUGAAGACUCUGUUGGGGAGGGAGGUGGAUGUGGAUGAGUUGCCUUGGGGACCGGAGGAGGAGAGGGUUCCGAUGGGGUUGGAGACUGUGGUACUGGCGGGGAUGGUGAGGGAGAGGGAGGGUGGGGCGGUUAGGGUGUUUGGAGAGGAUGGACGGGAGGUUAAGGUUGAGGUUUUGAGCGAUGAUGAGGGAUGA